CAAGUGCUGCUCCGCUUGCUCCGCGCUCCGCCGCGGCGGUGCCGCGAUCUCGUCCCGCGCCAUGUACGAGACGAAGUCUCCCGUACUCAAGGAGAUUUUGGAGGAGGAUGUGUUCCCCGCUGCCGUGCCCCCCGGCCCGCCGGCGAGAUUCCCAGCUGAUGUGGAUGUCGCACUGGAUGCUUCACUGGCAUCGUUGGCAACGCUGCCAGAGGCAACACCGGCACCACAGCAGCCAGAGACACAGGAGAAGCCCAACUUGACCACUGCUUUCCAAGAGGCAGUGGAGCGGCUGGUCACUGUGCACAUCACGGAGCUGGUGGAAGCACAGCGUCGUCACUACGAGGACAUGCCGGGGGAGAGCUCGCGCGGCCUGGCACCCAUGCGCAGCCAGCGAAGCGCGCUGCCCACCAUGCGCAGCUCCGCGUCGCGGCUGAGCAGCGCCACCAGCAAGACCUCCUCCUUGCGGCACCGUUCCAUCCGCGAGAUUCCGGCGGUGGAGGUCUUGGACAAGCUGGAGGAUCAGAAGCCGGUCGAGAACCCCCUCUUCGGGAAUCAGAUGUUGGAAGAUAUGCUGCAGCAGAUGAAGGACGACGAGCUCAAGUCCCGCUGCAACCGCGAGCCCAGCUUCGAUGCUGGGCACCGGCUAGCGCAGCUGCGUAGCUGGCUCCAAUCCAGUCGAUUCGAGGUCUUGGUGACCUCCCUGCUUUGCGUGCAUGUCUUGUGGAUGGCCCUGGAAUUGCAGUUCUACGGUUCGCUCACCGGGUAUCGCUUAGGGAUCUUCCCAAGCUCCAUCGUCUCGGAGGAGUCCUGGCCGGUCUGGGAGCAAAUCUUUUGGAUCGGCGACAUGGCUUUCACCACCAUCUUUACUGUGGACGUGUUCUUUCGCAUCAUUGUUCUCCAAGGAAAAUUUUGGAGGGUGUGCAUGAACUAUGUGGACGUCCUAGUGACCUUGACUUCAUUGAUCGAAGUGGCCUUCGUGGCAUUGGUCUUACCUAUGAAUCCUACUUUGUUUCGGUUGUUGCGGAUUGGCAAGUUGGCGCGUGCCCUUCGGAUGGUCACUAUGACCAGCGUUUUAUCAUCACUUCAGCUGUUGAUCAAGUGCCUCUCCGCCUCCCUUGACAUGUUGUUUUGGACGUUUUGUUUGCUGACCUUCCUGCAAUGCGUUGCUGGCAUGGUGGUGAGCACCCUUUGCCGCGAGUACGUGAAUGACCUGAACCAGGAUCUCAGCAAGCGCGAAGAAGUCUAUAGGUACUACGGGACCUUCUCCCGGACUUUCCUGACCAUGUUCGAGAUACUUUUUGCGAACUGGAGCCCUCCCUGUCGUGCACUCGUGGACCACGUCAGCGAGUGGUUCUCGCUCUUCUUUUUGGUGUACCGCUGCAUCAUCGGCUUCGCCGUGCUCAACGUGGUGAAUGCAGUUUUCGUCCAACAGACGAUGAAGACAGCCAGCUCAGAUGAAGAAUUGGCCUUCAAGCAGAAGGAGAGAGAUAUCAGUAUGUACACCCGAAAGGUCCGGAAGCUCUUCCAGACGAUGGACGACAGCUGUGAUGGAGCAAUCAGUCUGGAGGAGUUCUCGAAGUUGGUGACGUCUCCCAAGCUCAAAUUCUGGAUGAGCCAACUGGAGUUGGAAUACCAUGACCUCUUGAGCCUCUUCGAGUUUCUGGACAAUGGCGAUGGCCAAAUCACCUUGACUGAGUUCAUCGAGGGCUCCUCGCGGCUCAAGGGCGGCGCCAAGGCCUUGGACGUGUGGCGCCUCGAGACCAAGAUCGAGGUCCUCUUCGAGGAGAUCUUGCAGAUGCUGCACCAUGGCGUCGAGGCCUCGUCCUAUGUGCAGCGCGUCUUCAACUCGUCCACCUUCAAGCACAUCAAGGCUCACGCAGUGGAACGAGCUGAGAACGGGCCCUAACAGCUGACAGGUCUCGGGCAGACAGAAGGCGGCAAGUCCUAAGACCGGAAACGCU